UCCACCAUGAUUGCUAUGUCUAACCACCAGUCAACUACCCUCAAUAAAAUUUCAUCAACUCCGACGGUUGAGAAUUCAAAGUUAUACUUGUCUACUUAUUUAUUUAUAUAUUUAUUAUGGUUGGUUUGCAAAUUAUUUAUGGACCAAGUGAGAGAGAAAAAAAACAAAGAAAAUUCUACGAGAAUACGGAUCAAACAAUUUUAUUGAUUAGUUGGACUUCAAAAUUUCAUAACUAAUAAACAAUUAAUACGGCAAUAAUCAUUAUAAAAAAAGUAUUACAGUAAUCGAUCGUAGGAUGACAACGGGUUCGGGUGGGGCAAAUUUUUCUAUCUCUCAUUCUUGAACCACAAUUUUAAAAUUGUAACCAUCUCAAUAAUCAAAACUAUGCGGGAUGUAAUAUAAUAUUUUUGAGAUAAAAUGAACAAAAUGCUCAUACUCUGUUUCGUAUUUUCUAUAUAAGCAUACUAGAUUGUACCCCGGCCUGUUGUUGGCCGGUUGUUUUAUCAUCACAUUAACAAAGUUUUAAAGUUUAGUAAUUUCCACUUCUCUUAUAUUCCUGUCAUAAUUAUAUGUCAAUAUUAUGCGAAUUAACAAAUAACUAUAUCAAUUUUACCAAACAGCAAGCUAGUUGUACAUCAAGUUGUACCAUAACAUAAAAGUCAAAUUCCAUUAUGGUACAACUUCAAUUUGUACUUUUAACGUUAUGAUACAACUUCAAGUUGUACUUUAAAACAUAGGAGAAGUGCUCAUUCAUGAAAAGAGAAAACGUGCAUCCAUCAUAAAAAUUACUAACAUUGUAAUCAGAGCCAUCUAUGUAGAUUCUUGUUGAAAGUAUGCAUAUAAGUGUUCCAAAAUAAUAGGUUUCACCUCUUAACCAUCAACAAUCUUCAUCAUCAACUCGACAACUCCACUAUAUUCAUCAUUGGUAUGUGCUUCACAACAAAAGAAUUUGCCUCAACUGUGGUUGGAGAUUCAUUUUUUUUCAUCAAUGAUUCUUUUAAAAACUGUUAAUUUGGUUAUGGAAUUUGUGACGUAAUCACUAAACUUGAUGUGAAAAUUGAUCAUAUUCUUGAAUUGUUAAAUCGAAAACUAUAUGAAACUUCAUUUUUUCAUAUGAUAUAAUUGCAUGCAUACUGAUUAGCGCCAAAAUAGUUAGCGAAAAUUUUCUUAAUAUCCAUAUAAUACAUGUAUAAAUGUUACAUGCAUUUGAAACUCUCGUUUUGUAGUAUGAUAGAAUCAUGUUUAUUUAUUUAUAUUUUAUGUAUAAACACGUAUUACAAUGGUAAAAGAAAUCAUACGUUUAUGUCAAAGUAAACUAAUGGUGCAUUAAUUAUGUUGAUUUUUAUAAUUAUAAGUUCUAUAAUUUGGUGGGCUGUGGAAAAGGAAAGCCCAAGUAACGCCUAGUUGUGCGUUUCCCAUAGUAAUUAGUAGCUCACCGAAAACUGAGAUGCAAAAGGACUCAUACGUCCUUCCUUGCUUUGCGGGGAGGCCAAUAAAAUUUCAUUUAGGUAGGUGCUGAGCAACAACCUCGGAGGAUUAUUUAUAUUUGGGCCAAAACGAUAACAACACUAUCCGAACCUCAAACGCCACUGUCUGUCGGCCUGUCACUAACCACAGCUCGCUAGCGCCACGGCCCACAACCGCAAUUCGCCGACGCAGUCGCCGGAAGCGUUAUCAAUAUCAUCACCAAAUCACUCCAACGGUCAACAUGGCAAAACCAGAGCAGCAGAUGCAGCUGGUCUUCAUCCCAUGCCCAGGCGUCGGCCACCUAGCCGCCAUGGUCGAACUCGCCGACCUCCUCGUCCGCCGCCGCCCCGCCCUCUUCAUCUCCGUCCUAAUCAUCACCACCCCUUCCACCGCCGCCACCGUCACCCGCUACACCGACUCCCUCCCUUCCACCCCUCGCAUCGACCUCCUCCACCUACCCAAAACCGACGCGCCCCCGGCCGCCGGCGGCGAUUUCGCCAUGAUCGAAAUCCAAAAGCCCCGAGUCCGAGAAGCCGUCUCCGCCACAAUCAACCGCUCCCGCGGCGGCGCUCGACUCUCCGGGUUCGUCCUCGACAUGUUCUGCACCUCCAUGGCCGACGUGGCAGGCGAAUUCGCCGUCCCGUCCUACAUUUUCUACACCCCCGCUGCCUCUGCCCUCGGAUUCGUCCUCCACAUCCAGGCCGCGCACGACGGCGAGGAGCGAUUUGACGUCACCGAGUUUCGGGGAACCGAAUUGGCCGUACCGAGUUGGGCAAGCCCGGUCCCCCGCUCGGCUUUCCCUACCGACGUCACGAAGAAGGAAUGGGUCCAAUUGCUGUACAGAAUCGCCAGAGACAUCAGGGGAAGCAGGGGAAUUUUGAUCAAUACGGUGAGGGAAUUCGAAUCCCACGCCGUGGAUUCUCUCUCCUCCGCCCUCGAGGUGUAUCCGGUUGGACCGAUUCUCAACCUGAAGGGCGGCGACGCCGCCGCAGGAGGGGCGGCGGCGGAGGCGAUUGAGUGGCUGGACCGGCAACCGGAAUCGACGGUGGUGUUCCUCUGUUUCGGGAGCAUGGGAGCCUUUCGCGAGGAGCAAGUGAGGGAGAUUGCCCGCGGGCUGGAAGCCAGCGGGCAGAGGUUUCUCUGGUCGCUCCGUCGGCCGGGACAGGGAGGGCCGCGAGCCAGUCCGACGGACUACGAGAACGUCGGGGAAGUUCUGCCGGAAGGGUUCGCUGACCGGACGGCGGAGGUCGGGAGGGUGAUAGGGUGGGCUCCACAAACGAGCAUUCUGUCUCACAGAGCCGUCGGAGGGUUCGUGUCGCACUGCGGGUGGAACUCGACGCUGGAGAGCGUGUGGUUCGAGGUGCCGAUGGCGACAUGGCCGAUGUACGCGGAGCAGAAGCUCAAUGCGUUCCUGUUGGUGAAGGAGCUCGAGAUAGCCACGGAGAUUAGGAUGGGUUACAACAGCGAGAGUGGGGAGAUCGUGAUGGCGGAUGAAAUCGAGAGAGGCGUCAAGAAGUUGAUGGAGAAAGAUCGCUCGAGGGAGGCAAGACUGAAGAGAUUUAGCGACGACAUCAAGAAGGCACUGACGGAUGGUGGAUCUUCGUCGUCUUCGAUUGCUGAAUUUUUUGAGGAUGUGAGUAAAGGUGGCAUGUGAUUCUUCUUCCCGCUAUUAUCCAUGGUCUAUGAAAACGUACCGGAAAAAUCAGCGGUAGAUUAUGUUGGAAGCAGAAGCUGAGUUCAAGUCUGGAUCGUUUCAAAGUUGAGUGUCGUCGUUUCGGUUAAGUCAAGACCAGCUGGUAAAGUGAUGUCGUUUAGUUUACUUUGUUCUGCAGAUUAGUUAGCUUGAGUCUAAAGUAGCUGAGUCUGUUAGUUGGUUAGAGAGUCCAGGUUUGUUAGAGAGUUUAUAGCAGAGAAAAUAGAAAAUGGGGUUGUGGGAUCGUGAUAAACUGAGUCAAGGGUUUAGAGAUUGUAUUUAAACUCAAUUUUAUUAUCAAUAAAGCUGUCAGUUUGCCCCAACAUUGCUUUCAUAAUGGUAUCAGAGCAUUGGCUUACUGUAACCAGUAUUUGUGCAAAGAGUGAUUUGUUGAAGAGUGCAAGUCUGAAACUCAGACUGGGUUUGGGAAACACGAGAGAUCUGGUGAGGUUAUUGUUGUGGGGUGAGAGAAACACGAGUGUGAGUUAGAUGCAGAUCUGAAAAUGAGUGAAACAUCAGGAUUUGCACAGGUGAGUGUUCCACGUUUUGAUGGCGACUAUGACCAUUGGAGCUUACUCAUGGAGAAUCUUCUGCGGUCAAAAGAAUUAUGGGGAGUGGUCUCACAAGGCUUCAAUGAGCCCACACUAGAAGAGGCUGAAAAAUUGAUGGAAAGAUGCCAAACAAAAUCUUCUGGGCCCAGCCCUGGACAUAUGUGGGAUGAUUCAUUAUGCAACUAGAGAUUCUAGACUGUGCCCUUAAUCAUGGGGCAAUAUUAUCACACCACACAGCAUAACGAUAGCUCGACUCAUGAACGAUUUAAAAGUAAAACGUUCAUUUACAUAAACCAUCAAAUGAAAAUUCGUUGAUUGGAUGAAAAAUUGUAUGCAUUAAGGAUUGCUAGCAUAGAAGUGUGUGACUUUCGCAUAAUUGGGAUGAAUUGAUACUCAUACGAUAUUAGAGCUUUUGAUGAUCAAAAGAUUGUGAAUAACUGAGAAAACUUUAUAGUUAUAAGGAAGAUUGAGUCAAACGCGCGUGUAUUAUAGCAUAUGUUGAUAUUCAUAUCUUACCACGACAAAUGUUACUAUUCUCAAAUACUAAUGUGAAUAAAAGAAAACUCGUAACCAAACUAUGGUUUGCCCACAUAUAUACCCAUACAACACAUUAUUACAUGAAAUGAAUGGAACAGCAAAACAGAGCAUGAUUCCUCUGCUUUAUUUAUAUAUUUAUUAUGGUUAGUUUGCAAAUUAUUUAUGAACCAACCGAGAGAGAGAAAAAAAAACAAAGAAAAUUCUACCAUAACACGGACCACACAAAUUUAUUGAUUAGUUGGACAUCAAAUUUUCAUAAUUAAUAAACAAAUAAUACUACAAUAAUCAAUAGUAGGGAUGACAACAAAUUCGGGUGGAGCCAAUCUUUCUAUAUAUCAUUCUCGAACCACAAUUUUAAAAUUGUAACCAUCUCCAUAAUCAAUACUAUACGUGGAUGUAACAUGAUAUAACAAAACUAACCCCUACGUGGUUCGAAGAAAAUUCACAUGCAUCA